GUUCACUUUGACAAGAUGAUGAGCGCCAACACCAGGGUCCGGGAGGAGAUUGACACGCUCCGCUUCGAGAAGGCGGCCUACGACAACGUCUACCAGCAGCUGCACAAGCGCUUGCUCACGCAGAAGAAGACCAUGAACAUGGCCAUCGAGCAGUCUGCGCAGGCGUACAGACAGAGGGUGGAGGCGAUGGCGCGGAUGGUCGCCAUGAAGGAGCGCCAGCAGAAGGACAUCUCACAGUACAACCUGGAGCUCCGGGAGCUGGAGCGCGUGUACGACCACGAGAGCAAGCUCAAGUCCUUCCUGCUCUUCAAGCUCAACGACCGCUCUGAAUUCGAGGAGCAGGCCAAACAGGAGGAAG